AUGGCUAUAGGAACCGUUUAUCCGGAACAUCGAAAUGAACCACCCAAUGCCAUCGUGCCACCUGGAAGCCCCAACUUGAGCGCAAUCGCGGCGACGGCGGCAUCUCUAACCACUGACUCGUACAGCAUCCUUGCCAGCGCGGAUCUGACGUCAGCGCUCUCUCUGGCCGAACACGUGGCACGCCUGACCGCGGCUCCGCACCUUUACGUGCAUCGCAUCAGCGUGGAGAAAGUCGCGGUGUGCGUGCGACAGCUGCUGCCGACGCUCCAUCUUCUUAAAAGCUCCGCGCCGUCGCUCUCCUUUGAUCCGCGCUCCGCGUUCGUUCUCCGCCGCCUCGCAUCGGAGCUGAAAGACGUUAUCGCGUUGCUCAAGGCGUGCAAGCUGACUAUACCAGGGAUGUUUUUCAGCCUUGGGCAUCAUCAUAAGGGGCUGGCGCGCAAAGCAGACGCGUGCGUGACGGAGAUUCGACAUUGUCACACCGUCUGCUCGAUGCUGCUGGGACAGGCUUCGAAUACCACCAAUGCCAAAAUCGCCGCCGACCACGGGCCGCUGUCGACCUCGUUGGUGUCACAAGCGCCACCGCCGACGCAGCAGAACCACUUCCCGUUACGAACCGUCUCAUGCAGUCACACUAGCGGGUCGAGCAAGGAACCUUCCACGUUCCUGGAGUCUUACAGCGGGAGCGGUAUCACCGGCGGAAGCGGAAGCUCGGUAAUGUUUCCCGGCGACGGGGCGGAACAGCCCGCGCGGGUUCUCCAGCAGGUGGCGGAAAUGUUUCCCCAGAGCCCCAUGAUCGGCCCCUCCGCCGCUACGUUUUCCGCCAAAGACUCCCCAAGGCCUCCCGGGAUGAUGACGUGGCAGCAGAUGCAGGUGCGCGGGAUCCCCCCGAGGUCGAUCUCCGCCUCCGCCGCUUCCGGGUUUCGCGGGCCGCCUGCGGGGGGACUGUACGGGAGAGGUGGGUCCGCGGGGCGGCAACGACCGGGGAUUUUAGCAGGGGCGCCGCCGCUGGCGCUCCUCGGGGGGGAGCGGAGGGAGCGCGAUAGCAGUGCAGCCGAUGCUGCAGCGUCCGCGGCACUCGCCUUGAUAGGAGCUAACAACGGCGGUGGCGGCGGUGUUGGAGGGAGCCGGUUCGCGGGCCCGGGCCGAACCUACACCGUCUCCUCCGCUUCCUCCGGCAGGAUGCAGCCAUACUACGGCUCGAUCGCCGUCUCGCCUCGUCCGCUCAGCCCCGCGACCGCCGCCGCCGCCGCCGCUGCCGCCGCGUUCGCCGCGCCAAGGAUGUUCUCCCCGCGACGCCCCCGCGCGUCGUCCCCGCUGCCGUCCGCGCUCAAUCGGUCGAGCAUCUCCGCCGCCGCUGCGGCGAGCGCGAACGUGUGCCGGCUAGUGGACGCACUGGCGGAAGGAUCGGCGGAAGAGAAGCGCGCGGCUCUGGCCUCGCUAAUGGAUGUGAUUGUAACGGAUGAGGGGAAGCUCCAAGCCGCGGCGGCGGGGGCGGUGCCGGUCCUGUCGGUGCUGCUGUCGUUGCCUGAAGACGACUUCCUUUUGGACGACGAGUCAGCGUUACCCGGUUGCGCAGACGACGAUGAUUGGUUCCAAGGAGGGGGGGUGCUCUCCGCCGGGGGAAGCGGGGGUGGAAGCGGAGAGGGGAGCAGAGGGGGGAGCGCGGGUAGCCGGGGAACGGUAAAAACAGGCAAGGGCAGCGGGGGUGUGGAACGGGGAAAACCAGGAGGGAUCAGUUGCGGAAGGGGCGCGGUGGCGGCGUUGCUUCCGCUUCCGCCGCUUCCGGAGCCCCCUCCACGCGAAUCGCUGAACCUUCUCGUGGCGCGCGCUUUGGUGCAGCUUUCCGCGCUUCCCGCUAACUGCCAGGUCAUCGCUAAGGCGGGGUGCGUGCCGUCGCUAAUCGCCAUGCUUCGCGGCGGCAACCCCGAGGCGCAGGCGGUCGCGGUGAACCUGCUGCUGAACCUUGCGACGGGCUGCGACAGCGACUGCGACAGCAAAUCGCCAGCGAUCGUCGCAGGCGAGGCGAUCCCGUCGCUCGUCGCCAUCGUCCAUUCAGCGAGCGAGGCGAAAGUCCGGCGACAGGCGAUGGAGGCCCUCGCGCAUGUCGUCGCGAAGGCCAAGGAGAACCAAGACGCCGCGGCGCGAGCCGGCGCGAUCCCGAUAUUGACAGAAGCGUUAAGAGAAGGCUCGCUGCUGGUACAGGAAAAAGCGGCGUUUGCGCUGGGCUCGAUAGCGGAGGAUAACGACGAAAAUAAAGUAAUGAUUGCUGGGACGGGAGCCGUGCCGCCGCUGCUAGAUCUCCUUCUGUGCGGGCCGGCAGAUAUCAGCCUGCAGGAGCGCGUUUCGCGGCGGGCGGCGUGGGCGUUGUUUGCGCUGAGCUCGCAUCGUUUGUCCGCUUCGUACAUCGUAGCCUCUGGCGGGUUGGACGUUGUGAAACGAGCUAACGAGGAUGGGCCGUUGGAUACGAAGGAAUGGACGGCGAAGAUCAUCCCGCUUUUGGAGCCAGUGGCGGAGCAGCACCAGCAGGAGCAGCAGCAGGCGGCGUGGCAGCAGAAGUGGACGAAUCAGCGCCGGGGGGGAGCUGAAACGGCCCUGCGAAAAUCGUACGAUGACGUGGCAUCGUUUCAAGAAGGUCAGCGUCCGAACGGGCAGAAACCUUCCAGGUUUAAAGAGCGGGAUAAUAGCUGCCCAGAUGGGUCAGAAUUGGGUGACAAUGAGACGGAAGAUGGGCAGAGGAGGAAACAAUUGCAGGAGGACGAGCAGAUGGAAGCGAAAGUUGACAAGAAAGUGGAAUCUAGUGAGAAAGCGGAGUGCGAAGUAAAGAGCACGGGUGGUGAGGAGGAAGCGGCUUAUAAGAUGUGCAAGCAGAAGACGCAAUCACCACUGCCACAGCAGCAGCUACAACAAAACAAGGCGGCCAGCAAUGUCAGGAUUGAUGUGGAAAGGUUCCUGGCGGUUCAGGAUCGAUAUGGGAUAUGGGAAGGUUUCCAGCUCAGGAUUAGCGUGGCUGCUGCUAGUCUGUCUACAGACGGUCCUUUCUUGCCAUCCCUUUCUCACCCUACUGUCAACCCACCUUCUUACUCACCCUCUCCCUUCCCCUCCCUUUGCCUCUCUCCCCAACCCCCUCCUUCCCUUUCCCUCUUUGAUCCCCUCGUUCUCGCUCUUCCCAUCCCUUUUCCCUCCCACUUCCCCCCCACGCCCUCCCUCCCCUCCCUUUUCCUCCGUUUCCCCACUCCCCCCUCCCCCUCUUCCCGUCUCUCUCCACCGCUUCGCAUCCCUUCCCACUCCUUUAUCCACCAGCCGCGUGCCCGCUGCUGCCGGAGGUGCAUGUGGACGCGACAGCCAGCAGCCAGGCCGCUCAAUGCUGUGGGGACUCCGGCAAUCCCUGUGGUUCCACCAUCCUUCUCUCUCCAGACACUCACCCUGUCCCUCCCUUCGGCCUGCAACUGGGGGGUCUUCCCCCUCACCAUGCUCACCCUCCCCCACACUCACUCCAAUCACUGCGCCAUACACACAGUCUUCAUCCCUGUACCGUCAACCUUUCACCCCUCCACUCUCUCUUCCCUUCCCCAUCCACUUCCCCAUCCCCACCAGCAUCCUCUUGCAGGUGGCACGGUGGUACCUACCAUCCCCCUGUCCCCAGGCACGCACUCCGUCCCUCCCUUCGGCCUGCAACUAGGGGGAUCUUCUCUUCCCCUCACCAUCACUACCGCCUCAUACCCUUCCCCGUACCCUUCCCCAACCCCACGCACCAGUAUCCCUCCUACAGGCGGAACCAUCCUCCUGUCCCCUGGCACUCACGCUGUCCCUCCCCUCGGCUUGCAACUGGGGGGUCGUCCCCUCACCAUCACUGCUGCCACUGCUACUGGUGACACCUCCGCCCCUCCCGUCAUCAGCUGUGAGAGCAGCAACGGCAGCAACAGCAGCAGCGGGUCGUGUUUAACUGCCACGUGUGCAGCUUCCAGCACUGGAGCAGGGGGCGGGAGCAUUUGCAGUGAGCAGCAGGCGAAGCUGGUGUUGCGGGGAGUGGUAGUGGCCAAUGGCAGAGCAGAAAUCACCAGCAGUGUUGGCACUGGCAGCAACAGCAGCAGCAGCAGUGCUGGUGGCAGCGCAGGAAGCGGGGGUUGUCUGCUGGUGCAGGGGCAGGCAGUGGAGGUGACAAACUCCUCGUUCCUCAACUGCACUGCUGCUGACGGUGGUGGGGCAAUCUUUGCUGUUGAUUCCCCCAACGUUACCAUCUCUGGCUCUCGCUUUGAAGGCUGUAAGGCUCUUGGCGGCCCCACUGCCACUGCUGGCGCUGCUGGUGGUGCCGGUGGUGCUGGCGCCGGUGGUGCUGGUGCUGCUGGUGGUGCAGCUGAAACCAUUGGCAAAGGAGGAGGAGCCGUUGCUCUAUACAGCGUCGCCCACGUGGAGGUCUCCGAUUCGUCCCUUCGCGACUGCACCUCCUCAUCCACCAAUGGCGGCGGCCUCACCAUCGUCUCGUCCAACGCCGCGCUGACAGCUGUCCGCUUCUCGGGCUGCUACGCUCAGAACCUGGGCGGCGCGGUCUCGUCUUCUCUCUCCAACAUGACUGUAACGAGCUGCGAGUUCCGCAACUCGCGGGCCAUGCGGGGAGGAUGCUUCUCGGAUGAUUCCUCCCCGCUCGUCUCCAUCUCCUCGUCCUCGUUCCUCCGGUGUAACGCGGAUGUAUCUAAGGAAGGGGAUGUUUACAGCAAGGUGAACGGCGGUGGGGUUGCACUCAAUGCAACCGCCUCUUUCGCCAUCCAAAACUGUACCUUCUCCCGCUGCCUCGCGGUUAUGGACGGGGGCGGUCUCGACGCUCUCGAUCCCGGAAACCUCACUAUAGACUCCUCCACUUUCCGCUUGUGCUCCGCGUACGAUAAUACUGGCGGCGGCGGGGGAGCGGUGUCGUCCCGCGGCGGGAACAUCACCAUUCGGGGAACUCUGAUGGAGAAAAACUGGGUGAACAGCACUAUGGUUGGCUUUGGCGGGGCGAUCACUAUUAUGGAUACAGAAUUGGGGAUUUUUAACUCGACUUUCCGGGAGAAUAUCGCGUACGGGCAUUUGUACGGAACGCUGAGCCAGGGAGGGGUGAUUAAUCAGCAGUGGACCAGACGGGACGUGGUGAUUCCGCUGGUGAUGGAGGAGUGUGCGUUUGAGAGGAAUGUGGCGGAUUUCGGAGCGGUGGGGUACUUUGAGGGCCAUGUGACUGUGAGGCGGUCGCGGCAUGAGAGGAACGAGGCGCAGUUCAGAUACGGCGGCGCGUACUACGCCACCAUGAGCACCACCAUAGAGGAUUCUCUCUUCGCGCACAACACCGUGCUGCAGGACGGGGGGGCGAUCGCCACAGCAGGGCUGAUGGCCACGGUGGUGCGCGGGUGUGUGUUUCGCAACAACACCGCCAUCUCUGGGGAGGGGGGCGCGAUCGUUGUGCUCGAGGGAACGGAGGGAGCAGUGGAGGUGGAGGGGAGUCGAUUUGAGGGCAACACAGCACCGGCAUCCAAGGGGGGUGCCAUCUCUGCUGCCUCUGCUCGCCUCACCCUCGCCCACACCACCUUCCACCACAACCGUGCUCUUGUCAAGGGCGGUGCUGUUGCAGUUUCGCACCCAACUUCUCCUCCCAGCGACAACACCACCACCACCACCGGCAGCAGCAGCAGCACCCUCCCCACAGCACACUUCUCAAACGUGACCUUCGGUGAAAACAGCGCCACGCUGGGGGGAGCAGCGCUGCAUCUGGGCAUGGCGGCGCGCGCUGCACUCAUGGGGUGCCGCCUGGAGGGCGGGCAGGCCAGCAACGGCGGCGGUGUGAUGCUGGAGGAGUUUGCACAGCUGCAGAUGGCACGAUCCGAGUGCACUGGGAACAGCGCGCCAUCUGGGGGAGGCUGCAUCUCCAUGAGCGAGCUGGCCUCCGUUACAAUCACAUCCAGCAAUGUCACGUCCAACCAGGGCGGCAACGAGGGUGGCGCCAUCCGGGCCACAGGGCAAACCCGCUUGACCAUCACGGAUUCUCAUUUCUUCAACAACUCGGCCAUGGAUGGCGGCAUGCUCUGGUCCGAGAUGAACUCGCAGAGCCAUGGGGCAGUCAUAAUCCGCUUGACCAUCACGGAUUCCCAUUUCUUCAACAACUCGGCCAUGGAUGGCGGCAUGCUCUGGUCCGAGAUGGACUCGCAGGUGCACAUCUCCUCGUCUGUCAUGGCCCGCAACAGCGCCACCAUCCAGGGCGGGGCGCUCUACUGCAUUCACAACGCGCGCCUCUCGCUGCUCGCCUCCUCCCUGCGCGCCAACACUGCCGCACGAAGAAGGGAAAGGGAGGGGGGGUGCACAUCUCAUCAUCAGUCAUGGCCCGCAACAGCGCCACCAUCCAGGGCGGGGCGCUCUACUGCAUUCAGAACGCGCGCCUCUCGCUGCUCGCCUCCUCCCUGCGCGCCAACACUGCCGCACGAAGAAGGGAAAGGGAGGGGGGGUGGGGCAAAACCACUAUAUCUCACCUCUCUUUCUCACUGUCCUCAACUCCCUGCCAACCCUCUCUACCCAUACCCUUCACCCCUUCACAUAAUACACCAGGUGCACAUCUCAUCAUCAGUCAUGGCCCGCAACAGCGCCACCAUCCAGGGCGGGGCGCUCUACUGCAUUCAGAACGCACGCCUCUCGCUGCUCGCCUCCUCCCUGCGCGCCAACACAGCCGCACGCGGCGGGGCCAUUCUCGCGGAAGGGGGAGUCCGCCUGCUGGUCGCUGUGCGGGUGGGCAGCAAAUCGCCCACGGUCUUUGAAGGGAACUCGCAGCAUGCGGUGGUGCUGCAGGGGCAGGCAGUGGGGUCUUUUUACGGGCCGGUUCUCUUUCGGGGGAAUGCGGGGGGAAGCACGAUGGACGUGGGGGAUGGAGGGGCGAUUUUUGCCACGGAUUCGACCGUAGUGGUGGUGGGGGGUGGAGUGGGGUUUGAGGGGAACACGGGGCAUAGAGGAGGUGCGAUUUUCUGUGAUGCAGAGAGCUCGCUGAGUGUUAGCUCGCGGGUGGAUGAUGCUGCUGUUGCUGCUGCUUAUGCCGCUGCUGGUGGCGCUGCUGCUGCUGCUGCUGCUUCUACUGCUGCUGCUGCUCGUUAUGAUGAGAGUGCUACAGUCACAGCUGCAUCAACUACAGCAUCUGCUGCUGCUGACCCAGCACCCACGCCCCAAGCACCCAUGUUCUCAAACAAUCAGGCGCAGGAGGCCGGCGGGGCAAUCUUUGUGGCCGGCAACACGUCCCUGCAGAUCUCCGAUUCGAUCUUCGAGUCCAACCGGGCGGCGAUGGGGACAGGUGGCGCGAUCCUAGUGCUCGACUACGCGCACGGGGACCUGCGGAAUUGCGCUUUCCGAAGCAACGAGGCAGGCUCGGACGGGUCGGCUGUGUACCUGGAUCGGGGAGGCAUGGGGGGAGGUUCGGGAGGAGGAGCGGGUGGGGGUGAGGAAAGAGGGGGAACUGGGGGAACGGGGGGGGUUGGGGGAAGUGGAGGAGGUGGGGGGGCGGGGGGAACGGGGUUUAGCAAGGCAGCGGUGGGGGCUGUGGUUAUGGCGUCUGAUAUUGCAGGGUUGCUGCAGGCAGGGAGUAACCUUGGCGCUGCUGCCAAUGCCACUGCUGGUACUGCCAGCACUAGCGCCAACGGUAGCAGCAACACCAUCACCAACAGCAGUGCCAGCGGCAGCAGCGGCAGCGGCAGCGGUGGUGACGGUGUGAGUGUGAGUGGCGGGCUGCUGCCUCUGAACGUGUCUGGUCUGUCGUUCUACCGCAACAGAGUCACUGGUAACGGCAGCAUCCCAGCUCUUGCCAGCGGUGGCAGUGCUAGUGGUGCUGGUGGUGGCAGUGGUGCUGGGGGGAGUGCAGGUGGUGCAGGAGGGGGAGGGGCAGGGGCAGGGGCAGGGGCAGGGGCAGGGGGAGGGGGAGGGGCGGGGGGGAUUGCAAUGGCAGCAGGCGGGCUUGGGUCGGCGUUUCUUGACGCGACGUUCCUCCCUGCCAUGCGGUCGACGUGUGUGGGGUGUGAGAGCAAAGACAAGCAGGACACCAUCGGCACUCUCCCUUCCUCCUUCCGUCUCCAGUGGUCAGGGCAGAACGAUGCAUCUGGAAGCACCACGCCAUUCCAGGUGAAGGGAGACAGGGCUAAUCCAGUGACAGGGCUGCAUGUCACAGUGCUGGACGCAGCAGGCCUCAUCCCAGUCAACGACUUCCGAGCCAAAGCCUCCAUCCUCCCCACUCCUUCCAUAAGCGGCCUCCUGCAGGCCAUAGCAGUCAACGGCCGCGCCACCAUCCCCCCCGUUUCCAUCGUCGAACCACCCGAAUCCGGGAAUCUCUCGCUCACGCUGUCGGUUUCCUCGUCGUUGGAUGCGUUUCCGCCGAUCGCACGGACGGUCGAGAUCGUCUUCUGCCCGCCCGGGCAGUUUUACACCCGCCCGGGGAUGACCUGCGAGGUCUGCCCAAUCGGGAGCUGGUGCGGGUCCGGGCGGGGCGCGGAGCUCUGCCCGCCGGGCAGCUUUAGUUUUUUCCCGGGCACAGCAUCCCUCACCGAUUGUUUACCCUGCCCGAUGACCCGCGACGUUCUUAAAGACACGCUAGCGGUGACGUGCGAGCAAGGGAAGAUGACAGUAGAGGAGGGGUUCUGGUUUGACUUCAACAGUAUCAGCUCUGGCAUCCCUGCCGUGUAUGCCUGCGACGUGUUAGAUGGAUGUGCAGGGCUGGUCUACCCUUCCAACUCCUCUGAACCCACUGUGAUUACUACCCAACAGCCGCAGCAGCAGCAGCAGGCGGCAGCAAAUGCAACUCUGGAGCAGCAGCAAUGCAAGCAGGGGUACAACGAGAAUCGGCUCUGCUCCAGCUGCGCGCCCGGAUACUACUCAGUGCUCAAGUUCUGCUACCAGUGCGCACCCACCUUCCAGCGCCUCUUCCCGCUGCUGCUCCUGCUCAUCGUGCUCGCCUGGGUGGCCAUGGGGAUUUUGUCGGACUCGUUUCACACCAUUGCUAUACUCGCUAUAGAGCUGCAGAUGCUGACGUUUAUCGGGUCGUACAACCUCCCGCUGCCCUCCUGGGUGAACACCAUUAUUCAGUACUUCCAGAUCGCGCUCUUCGUACCGGACGUGAUCGGGCCAGGCUGCACAGUCACCUACUCAUUCGUGCAGCAGUGGGCAGUCACCAUGGUCAUCCCCGUUUUAGGCGUCCUCGUUUACGCCUGCCUCUACCUCACACACCGCCUCUACUCCCACACCAUCACCCGAAUCUACGGCACCCCCAAGAACCACCCCAUCACCAGCACCACCAGCUUCACCCCUUCGGCCGCCGCCUCCGCUGCUGCUGCUGCUUCUGCUGCUGCUGCUGCGUCUGCUCCCUCUCUCCGCACCGAUAUCGACGGCACCAGUUUCUCGCGAGCUCCAAGCAGCAUCGGCUCUCGGGCAGACGACUUGGGCGGGCACGUGACGACAAAACGCGAGAUGUUUGACAAGUACGAAAACACGCUGAUCCACGGGGUGACCAACUGGCUCGAUCUCAGCUACGCAGCUGUAACCUUCCGGUGUUUCCAGGCGUUCUACCGGCACUGGUACGGCGCGGACGUGAUGGGUGCUGCGCCGUAUAUCGGGUGGUUUUCCGAGACGCACACGGUGGUGUUUGCGCUGUCGGUGGUGAUUGCGGUGGUGUAUGUGGCGGGUGCGCCGGUGUGCUACGCGCUGGUGCUGUGGCUGGGGAAGUCGAAAGGCUUGCUGGCAAGUCAUACGUACAAGAUGCGAUGGGGGUGGAUGGUCAGCCGGUACGAGUACGACUACUUCUGGUGGCACCUCACCUGCUAUGCCCGUCGCAUCAUCCUCGUCUCCAUCACCGUCUUUGGCGUGCAGUCACCCCAGAUGCAGGUAUCAGUGACCCUGCCCCUGCAAGCCAUUCGCAUCGGCCUACAGUACGGCGCAUCCCCCUUCGCAGCCUUCUCGCACGACGUGCUCAACUCGCUGCUCGCACUUGCAGAGCUGCUCUUCACGGUGGCACUCACGGGCUUUAACUACAUCGGCAUCACCACCGGGGCCAACGUCCUCUUUGCCUUCUCCUUUGCUCUCGUCUUCCUCCCCACGCUCCUCAUCCUCUGCUACGAGCUCGUCAACUGGUACAUAACGCGCUGCAAUUGCAGGGAACUGAACAGCAUGUGGCAGACAGACAAGGCCCGCAAGUCCUUACGUUCGCGCAAGCACCUGGCGGCACUCUCAGUGGACGACCUCGUGCAUCCCUCUGACAUGGCCCGCUGGUUCCGCCCGCACGUGCUCUCCGCCUUCCUCUUCCACUACUCCUCCGCCUCCCCCGCUUACCACGCCGCCCGCCGCAAAACCCUCUCAGACGAAACAGGCUUGGAAACCGGCACUGCUGGUGCUGGUGGUGGUGGCGGGCAGUUUCAGCACGUGGGUACGGCGGAGAUGCGGCGGCGGCGGCGGCUGCUGCUGCGGCUGCGGGACCGGUUUGAGCGGAUCCGGCUGGCGGGACCCGGGGAUGCGCAGUGGAUGAAGCACUUAAGUAAGAGUCAGAUGUACGGGGUGCUGUCUCAGGCGCUGCUGGGAGCGGCGGUGGGGGAGGUGACUGUUGCGAGAAUGCCUGCUGGCUCGCGGGGGCUCAGCACUCCCGAAGCUGGCACGAGGGCUGUGUCGAGGAGGCUCGGCACGCCGGAGCUAGGUUCCGCGAGAAGAGUGAUGGCUUCGGGCUCAGCAGAAGGGGGAGAGGCACGGUUGGUAGACUUGGGCGCGGCAGCAGAAAGAGCAGCUGCAGCAGCAGGAGGAGGAGCCGGAGAAGCAGGGGGAGUAGGGGGGGCAUCACCAAUGCCAGCGUUUUUGUCUGCAUCAGGGAGGUUGGAUGUGACAGGGACGGGUGCAGCUGGGGUGGGUACACCUGGAAGAGGUACACCUUUUGGGGGAGGUACACCUGGGCGCAGCACACCUGGGGGAGGUACACCUGGGGGGGGCACGCCUGGAGGGGGAGGUACACCUGGGCGCGGCGUGGCACGAUUUGGGUCUCGCAGCCUAUCGAGACGAGAGCGGUGGGUGCAGCCUGAGGUGAGUAGAGGUGGUGAGGCGAAUAGAGGUGAUUCGCUUAGAGGUGAUCCGUUUAAAGGUGAUCCUUCUAGAGGUGUAGGGGAUGGAACAGGGGGAGUGGAAGGGGCAGGGGGAGGGGGAGGAGGAGCGGGAGAGGGAGGGAUGGGGCGUUUGGGAGCGGUUGGGGGGGUGGAAACGGGAGUGGGAGCGGUGGGAUGGGAUCCAGAUGAGGAGGACGAGGAGAGAAUGCUGCUGGAGUGGCCGCCCAGGCUGGACCACCACGUUAGCUGGACGGCAACUAAUGCCGCAGGCGGCGAGCUCGAGCGGCGGGGUUUGUCUGGUAGUGGAGCGGAUGUGCUGGUGAAUGGGGAGGGGGAGGAAGAAGACGGGGAGGAACUGGAGAGGAAUGGGUGGCGUGGGGAGGAGGACGGGGAGGAGGAGGGGGAAGACGGGGAAGAGGGUGAGGAGGAUGAGGAGGAGUGUGAGGGGGAUGAGGAGGAUGGGGCAGAUCUAGAGGAGAGAGCAGAGCAACGGCGGCAUCAGCAGAGGGAGCAGGGUGGGCAAGGGGGUUAUAGAGGCGGGUACGGGGAGGGGCAGGGAGGCGGGGAGGCGUACAGGGAGGGCAGAGAGGGCGGAGGGGGCGGAGAGAACGGAGGGGAGGGCGGAGAGGGGGGGGAAGGGGGCUAUGUGGAGGCUCGGAUGAACAUGGCGGAGCUCACGCUGCUCUUCCAGCGCCACCUCGCUCUCCUCGUGCGCUCCGAGGCCCUCCGCCGCCCCACCUCGCUGCGCCUGCUGCUGCAGUCGGAGGCAAUUCCAGACCUUCUAGCCUGGCUCACCUCCCCCCACUGUGAAGCAGAGGAUCAGCAGGUGUUGAGGGACGUGGUGGCAAUGAUGCGAUCGGCAGCGGUGGAGGAGGCAGGCAGCCUGCAUUGGUCGAAAGGCUUCUGGGCCUUCUUCCGCACCCACUCCGUGCUGCACCGCGCCAAGACAUGUGUGCAGCCUUGUCUGCCGUCAAAGCCGCUGCUGGAAGAUGACAUGUAA